CUUUCUCGUCAUCAUUUUCCCACUUGGAAGGCCUCGUUUUUUCUCUCUUUGUGUUUUGUCUGCUUAUGGUCAAGCUUGGCUGCUUCAUACAGGGGCACCCGGAGCUCAGAAUUCCCUGGCGAGUCCAGAUCGAUGUGGGCAUAUGAGGUAGGUAGGUCGUACCUGCCUUGAUUAUUGGUUCAGGUACCUUUGCAAGUGCCGUCGUUGUGAACUACCUUACUUCAAUUCCUCAUCAGACCUCAAGCUCGAUAUCUCAAGGUAAGAUACGUUAGUUACAUAUUGACAUAUACAUCAAUCCGUUUGGAGCCUCAGGAGUUCCAUCCUCCUUUCUGUCUAGCUGCAUCAUCUACUCACUGCUGUCUUCCAUCACUCUGUCAAAGUCAACCUCAAAGCAAACAUAUGCUAGACACCAUCAGAUUACAUUCGACCUAUGUACUAGAGCCCGGGGCCAGGGAUCUUGACCAAACUGGCCAACUGGAACAACACCCGGCAGACGGAUUGGACCGUCUAUGGCGCGCCACAGCUUUUCUCCCCCCUCCUUCACUACCUCUGUAUCUUCCUCUGCCCGCCCGCUCAUCAUCCAUGCAUUCAUCUGUCGCAUCGUGUCGCAGCUUUGAUCAGGAUUAAUAGGGACAAGCAAACAAUGAUACAGUAGAACAGGUAUGCACACUUUGCUGCCCAAUGACAAAAUAUCUGGGGCAAGCUCAUGAUGGUGGCCGCAUCUGCAUGUCCAUUGAUUGAACCCUCCGGAGAUUGCGCUAGCCACCCCCAUCAGGAUCCAGCCAAGAUGUUGAUCCCUCAUCCCGACUCUGUUGCUUGGAUACGAAAGUUGAAGAAAUGAGAAUGCUACUCGAGCAAUCACCAUCCCUCUCACAACUUACCAUCAGUCGCUCAGAAAAACAGGACCACGACAAAAGACCGCGACAUGGACAAGGGAAUGUACUCCAGUGCCAUGGAUGCCAGACAUGGAUGCUGAUGGGAUGGACUAGGGGCGGAAUGGUAACUGGCCAUGCUAUGGCGGCAGGCGGCGGCUGUCAAACUGGCUCCAGAAAGGGCCGUCCCACUAGCCUGCCUCUGUCCUUGACCUGACCUGUCCAUGCCUAGGGCCUGGCAAGCCCCAGUUCGACCUUGCUCAGAGUAGCGGUCGAUCUUCGUCUUCCAUCCACAGUGAAGCCAUGGCAAAGCAACGUAAGGUAUCAAAAUGCUACUGGGCACCGUACCAUGGCACCUUCAGUCCAUCGAUGUCCUUCAAGAUACAGGAUAGGAUGACAUGGCUGGAAAUUUUUGACCCACCGACAUUCCAGUUGCGGCAUCCCGAGCACGAUGUCAUCAUGGUGCCGACUAAGGUGGAAGGGGUUUUGAUAUUGGUGGCAGAGGUACGGAGUAGUCUUCGCUCGACAUGGUUGCUCGUCCGCAUAAAGCGAACAAGACACACGAAACUAUCAGCGAUAUGAACUAAACUACAAUCGAUAAGAUCAAACAGAAAGGAUCAUCAUGAACGGGAUUCACAAUUAACAUUGCAACUGGUAAGGAUGAAAUCAGCAUGCAUCUGACAUCUUUUUGUCGGCUCCAUCACACACCUAAUAACUCAAGACGGGAAGGAAAGAAAAAAAAAUCAAACGUCACAACGUCACAACGUCAGGUGGACCACGUGCGCCAGUUUGUUACAGUGAGAUAGCCAACACGAAUUCUCGCUUCUUCCUCCUGGUUUGGACUGGGCUUGCAAGUUUACAUUGUGCCGUAUCUCCACGGCCACGAUAUUUGACUGCACUAGACCUUGACCCGUAAGCCAUGCCGCCCAAUGGCUUCGGCCUAAGGGCUUGGAGGAGCAAACAGAUGCAAAAGACAAGGGUGCUUGAAUGAAGCUUCGGGGCCCAUGUCUCUCUUCGUUAGCGAUGAGGACCCUUAACAUCCUGAGGCACUUGCUUUAUUACACAAGUUAUGGCUGUGCCAUCCUGGGACCACGAGGCAAGCAAGCAAGGCGAGGCGAGGAGACGCGAGAGGCAAGGGAGAAAGCCAUGGCUAGGGCAGAAGAUGAGGAACAAGGCUGAGCGAAUCAAACAACCAAAGCCUUGUUCAUCAGUCCCCUCCCUUCUCACUCACCCCAUCUCCGCCCCGUCCUCCCUUUGAGACAGUCUGAGCUCCCGGAUCUCGCCUUCCGGUCGGGCUUUGACCUUGAAGUGCUCCGUGUAUCAGACUUACAUGCUCGGGAAGGAAAGAAGAGUGUGCAUCAGUCUAUCAGAGAGAAAGAGAUGAGGCCGCGGGCUGAUCCGCCCGAGGCUGAAGCUGAACGAUUGUUGUGUUUCGGGCUAAUAAGCUGAAUUGGUAUCCUCGCUGCCACCCAUGCCUCGGUGUCAUUUUCACUUUCCAUGGAUGGAGCAGACCCCAAAGUUAAUGUCAACUUGCUCAUGGUCGGCGAUAAUCAUCCUUGGUCAUUGGAAUUUCCUUUACAUCAAGCACAAGGGUUUUCAUAGACCCCUGCUCUCGAGAGUGGCCGGGCAUGCCGCUGCAACUGCAUUUUUCUGCAUGCUCUGUAUCUAAUCCGUGUCCCGUCAGUCGAUCUUACUUUGUGCCAUUUCGAUUCCUUGCUACCACUGUCCCGUCCCGGACUGAGCAUUAUACUAGAACCAGCAUGUUAAUAUUACGAUUCAGAGCUUGGGCUCCCAAGCCUGGCCUGACCAGGUUUCGUCUGGGGAGGAUCUGUUCUAACAGGUGACCAACCAUCGAAGUGGACUCCUUUCGGGAGAAACGUCUGACCUAUUACAACUCUCUCUCAACCUUCUCCAGUUUAAACCGAGCCUAGUUAGCCAUUUCCCAUCAGAGUGCAUGGAUUUUGGCGCGCCGCGCUUUCUAGAUUAGACAGAGAUGCCCUAUGAAAGCUGCAAGUCGAUGGUUUUCAGAUGGACUAUCUCUCUAGCUCGGGCGCGACAUUUUCUUCCUUCUCCUCUUUACAGUACCCGGCAGUGGACACUGAUACGGGAAGCCCCAUCUUCUGACCUCAUCCUCACCAGCUCUGAGCCCUCCCAUUGCUCAACCUUCACGAGGGCAUGGCCAAUCUUCUACUACGCAACACAGCAGGGACGGGAUAAGAGGGUGAAAUGGGCUGACAGGUCUGAAAACAAAACCAGCCCUUCCGGAAAGGUAAAAUCAAGAGUAAAGGGAGGGGGAUACGAGGAAACCCUAUUAACUUCAGAGGAACGGCAUGACCAGAGAGGACUUCCCUGGUCUUAUCCCACGGCCCAUUAUGCUUUACUCGUUGCUUCUUCCGCUUCCCGUUCCGUUGAUCAGAAGCUUGUGUCUAUGGGAAUUGGUUUGAUUGAAAACCCUUUCCUGAGACAGUCUUCACCUAUCAGAUGGCUGCGGGCCAGGGCUUUUGUGCCUACCCACGUCUUCUUCCAACGGCUGACGAUUCUCUGGCUUUUCCCGACCUGGCAAUGGCCUGGCCAGGAUCAACGACGAGAAGAAGAGUCGGCUGAGAGCUCCAUAGUACUAUACCCUAGCUCACCGGUCUAUCCCCGAAUCCGAAAGCGUCCAUCCCAUUACCUCGAAGGUCUGUUGUCUGCCAUUUCAGGUUCUGAAUAAUUUGCUGCGCUUGUUGGCCGGUGAGUAUGUGUCUGUGUGUGAGCCUCUGUCUUGCCUACACGCGUGAAGUCUCCCGCUGAGCGUUCAACGUCCUGUCAUACACGAUUUGAGCCACUCUCCGUCUUUAUCAGCUUCAUCCACACCUAAAUGCACAUGUACACACACUUAGACGGCGUCUUCAGAAUUCAUCAGUUGUCUACUCUGUACAGCUUUCUGGCUUUUACCCACUACCCUCCCACACACACCACUCCUUGAUCGCUCAGUUACAGGAGACACCCCUCCCCCCUUGUGAGGAAAACCCCCCACACCCUCGUCGGUAUUCCUCGUGCGUUCUGCAUAUGUAUAUGGAGAAGGUCAACCUCUGGGGUCUCAUCUUUACAUAUGUAGCAAUGCGAAUGGCUUUAGGUCUCGCUUGUUUGCACUACACUACACAUCUUGAAAACGAUAUACUCCUAACGGCCUGGCCUCGUGUUGGAACGUCCGCCUCAAGCUUUGCGGUCCACCAUCAAAACUCUGUCUUGAGAUUGCCGUCCGGAUCGAGCUACUGGCGGUCUUUUCUAGGCAUCGUUACGGCUCGCUGCCCUGUGGCUUUCCUCAUCCGCCGGCCCACCCUCCACCGACUCAAUCUGUUCUUGUCUUGCCUUUGUACAUUGCCCUGCCGCGUUUAUCCUGAGACGGUUCUGCUGUCUCCGCAAUCUCCACGAGCUCAACGAGGAAAAAGCAAGUAAAAGAAACUUCCCGCUGUGUCUCACUUUGGUGUGCUUGCGCGUUGAAAGACAAGCCUUUUCCUGUCGGAGAAAGAAAGGGCUCACAAACAAACAACCGGCUCGAGGGUCAGAAGUUGAGGUCAACUUUCUGCGGCCUGACGAGUUCUAAACUCCACUGCACCGUCGUUGAGGCUGAAUCUGCUGCGGGUUUGAGUGCCUGCGUUGUUCGUGCGCUUCGUUGGGCUGUGCAAAAGGUUUGCUGCAAUAUAAUCAACUCCUAUCUAGCACGGAACAAAUUGCCCUGAGCUGGAACUGGAGGGAUCGACGGUAAACCUGGAUUCAAUUCACUUUUGCACUUUUAGGAACCAAUUCGGGCAAGACGAUGCAUCUCCCCAUCGACUGGUGUCAAAUGUGAGCAACAUCACACCAAGUCUUUUUGUUCCCUCCAUCUUCGCUUCCAGCUUCCAGGAACUCGGCACCCACCGUUUCACAUCUUGUUCCCCGAUAAUUCUUGCAGACGAGACUGUUGGAUCUAUCAUAAUAUUAAACGGCUUCAAAGCCUCCUUUUCCUUAUCCGGUGCCAGCUAGGCAGCACAUACAAACAAUGAACAACCCCAAUGGGACAACUACAAUGGGACAUGAUAGCACCAUGGCCCAGAGUAAUGGAUAUGGGAGCGAUGCCUGGACAAGCAUGAGCCCUUACAGUCAGAGCCCAUAUAGCGCAAGUCCCUUGACUGAAUAUCCAUCCUUUGGCGCCUUUGUCAGUCAUGGACUGCCCUCGGAAUCAUUAAAUCGAAUGCCUCCUCCACCACCGCAAACACAUCAGAUGAUACAGCCAUCCCCAACUCCUAUGGCUCAUCAUCAACUCCCCCUUCUGAAUACAACUUGGCCGAGCCAGCUGACAAACCCGGCUCCGCCACAGAGUUACUCGGCACCACCAUUAUCAAUGACACCUGCUACCAGCGCACCGCCCGUGGAACCCCCUAGGUUACCGACACAGCACGAGAAAUCGAGGAAGACUCUUACCACGGAACAGAAACGAGCCAUGUGCCAAUUCCAUGAAGAUAACCCUGGUACCCGACAAGCCGAUAUUGGAGCCCGAUUCGGCGUUGAAAGAAGCACGGUUUCGAAGGUUUUGAGGCAUAAAGAUCAGUAUUUAAAGCGAGACCAAGAGCCAGAAAAUGCCGCUGUCAAGCGUGGCAAGGGCAAGCAUCCAGAUUUCGACCGGACACUCAGCAACUACGUCAGGAGACAGCAACAACGAGGAUUCCAAGUCAGCGACGAGGAGAUUAUGGAACAGGCGAGGCUUUUUGCUCAUGCGAGUGGAAACCAGGAGAGUGUCUUGAACAAUUUGAAUAGCAGCUGGCUGCAGAAAUUUAAACAAAAGCAUGGAAUUGGACCAGGCAAGUUGAUGCGGCGGGCUUCAGAGGCAAACAUUCCGGAUAGUGCAAGACUCUCGACACUUGCCUCGAAGUCGAGCGAUUUAUCGCCUUCGCCAACGGGCCAGCUUUCACCCCUUUCAGGAAGUCGGAGCGAUGAGGAGGCACACGCUGAUGGAAUAGACUUUGACUUCGGGUAUAAGCAUCCCGAGUCCCAGUCAACAACUUCACUUUCGAGCGACUUUCGAGAUAACACGGCCUCUUCAUUCUCAGCUGGCACCAUGAGCCCGACUGGAACUUUCACUUUCUCUCCCGACCCCAAUGUAGGAGGUUUCCCUAUGGAUCAACUUCGAGGUACCGACUUCCAGCACAGAGAGAAGAGAAGCAACACAUUCCCGUCACUCAACAUUGACUACGUGAAUCAAGUCUCAUCGUCAACGGAACCAAUGACUCCUCGCCACCCUCCAUCUUCGACCGCACCGUCGUCGGCUUUAGAAUCGCCGCAGCAUGAACUUCAGGCGCCGUUUAGUAUCGAUACCAACGUCAACUCACCCCCUCCAAUGCUGCGCCGCAGUAGCAGCAACUCAAGUAUAAAUCGAUCCACAGCAGCGACAAGUGCUACUUCAUCCACACCUGUCGAUUCAUCUCCAGUCUCGCCCUCCCAGGAGGACGCCCGCCGGGCUGCACAGACACUCCUGAAUUACAUCCAGACUGCUGGCACUUUCGAUUCCAACGAUUAUAUGUCAAUCGUUCAGCUGACCAAAAAGCUCAAGAUCCACCAAGGUAGACCGUCGAUAGGAGGACUGUCUCGAAUCCCGGAAGGUGAUGUUGAAGCCCCUGUCCUCCUGCCGACGAAGAUGGAAUCGGCUUGAAGUCGGGCCAUACUCAUAGCAUUGACUGUGUGUUUCUUUUUCGUACCUAUGUCUUAUCAAUCAAGUCUCUUUUCAAAUGGGAUUUCCCCGAGGGCAUAAGGGAGCUUAGAAUAUCGUGGUUGGGGCCAUUUUGGGUCAGCGUCCUGCUCACGCGGGUAACGGACUAUAAGAGCAUUCGAAAUCUGAUGGCAUUGGCCACGAUUUGAAGUGUUUGUUGAGUCUGUUUUGCAUUUCCAACCGCACUUUGGCCGACUAUUUAUUGAAAAAAAAAAAACCGAAAUUAAAAUAACAGAAACCCCAGGUUAACGGGAGCGAACUUUUUCUUAUACUCGAUACCACGCUUGGAAAGUUUAUUCUGCCGCUCGCGCGAGCCCGAAGAAUCAUAUACAAACAGUCGUCCACACGAAGCUACAAUUCAAAACUGCUCGUUUCGAAUACGAGGUGUGAAGGAAGAGGCAAAGGAUCAGAAAUAGGUGGAAAUGAUGAGGUCAAGGACAACAUGGUAGCAGGGAAGGGGUACACAUCAGGGCGACGAUCUCGGCAACAACAGUUUAAGGGGCAACGCAACAUGAUGCGUUUGUCAAUGUUUGUUUCCUUUUCUGAAUGUUCUUUUUUACUCAUACACAUCUCUUCUUUUUUCCUGGUUGCAUUUUACGGCAUUGACGUGGAGGGAUUAAUUGUCUGCGCAUACGCUCGUUUCUUUAUAUCAUCAUCAUUUCUUGUCUAUAUUCUGUUCAAAGACGAGAAGGUAUCUGCUGCGAGGCACGGCAUGGCAUGGUAUGGCAUGACACGUUACGGGGAACGAGGUGGCACAUGGUUUACGAAGCGCCCUGUUGAGGUCGCUGUGGUUUUCAGGGCGGCAACGGAAAAGAGACCGAAGAGGCUCUUUGGUUGAGGAAAUGAGUGCUGAUUUUGGUUGAGCGUAGCCCACGAGCAGCUCCAGGGGUGUACUGGAGGUAGUCAAAUGUCUGGCAGUCGAGGGCAUCCUUUCUUUAGUUGAAUGGGCGGCAUUUGUGCAUUUAGGAAUGUCCUUGGUCUUGACCCUUAUCGUUCCAUAUUGCCGUGAUUUCUCUUAACUCUGAUUAAGCAUUAUUAACUUGUCAACAAAGGGGUAUCAUCAAUCUAAAAGAGCGUCUACAGAUCUAUUCAGCCAAGUCUUUCUUCCCAAAGCUCCGUCACACUUUUCUCCGUCAGUUCAGGCAUCAGGCGAGCAAGUAGCAGCUCAAGAAUGCUGUACAUCAGAUGCUUGUUGCAGUACUCAUCGUCUAGCACAAGAAGCAGCCUCUCCAUUUCAUCUACCAGAUCCUCGUCAUCUGAUAAAUCACACUCGCUCUCCGCACUUCGCCGCCAUAAGCGACCACCAAAAUAAAGCCUUCCCACACCCUUCGGUAGCAACCCCCAAAGAGACUUAGCGGCUCUACGACGCAGGGCUUGCAGCUCGGCUUCGGAAGAUGGUGGGAACAAGGUGGUCUUACCAGGGGCGUUAUUGGGAAAGAGGACACCGCGAAGGGUACGCAGAAGAGGGGGCAGAUUCGAGGGAGAGAAGAGGGAAUUAAUGUGAUGCGAGAGGAGUCUGUGAGAGAGAGAUAGGUUAGCACGUAUUGGCCUUACUCUGUAUUUGAGGUAGUACAACGUGGGGGGUUCAAUGAUCGGGAACGUUAUAUGCAAUAAGGGGCACGUCGAGGGUAUGUCGGGCUAGCUGGUGUGAUGCGAUGCAAUGCAAUGCAAUGUGAGGGUGAGCAACAAAGCUCAAGGCGAGACGAGGCAGUUAUUGGCCUAUUGGCUUUCACUCUCUCUGGGCUGGCGCAUAAAGUGGUGUCUCCAUGUUGAUCCGUCCCACGUUAGAUGGAUAUGGACCUAAUUGGGACCAGGGAAAGCUCUACAAGGCGAGGCUUGCAAGGUGCGGGGAAAUGGAUGAGGAGGCACAUUCGUCGUCCGCGUCGGUAAAGGUCUCUCAUGCAGAUAGAGAUGUGAGAUUACACAACAGGUUUACAAUCAGGCCGCGGUUGAGUGUGGGUAGCAUAUGACCAGUCAGCCCUGUUCUCGAACCACUCCUUCAUCGUCAAGGAUCGUGUAACAGCUCCGCGUGGAGGGUGCAGAAGACUCUGAUGGACCCAACAUGUCUCGGGUUCUGAGAAAGAGUUGAGGCCGACCGGUCAGACCAGCCCGGUCAAGCCAGACCGCUCCUGGAAGGUUCGCGAGUGUUGUGGCCAAGACUGCGGUGGAAAUCUUGAGUAUGGUUUCAACAGGCUAGCAUAGCAUAACCUCUUCGGAAAUGAUAAAGGUAGUCUUAUAACGGGUGGCGCGGCACGGAGCGAGAGUCAAUUCAAGCUCAUUGCUGCAUCUUCAAAGAGCGGGUGGUCCCUUUGGAGAAGCUGACAUGGGCAGGGCGCGUAAUCUUGACAUUUCGCUGGAUGAAAAGGCCUAGCUUCGUGCACCUUGUCAAGCAAUCAGAUGCCAAAGACAGCGCUAUGCCUUUCGAUUGGUUGAAAGCCCAAAUCCCGAGACCCAUAUCAAUCAUGAUCGCGACCACGAGAAACAUGACAAGAAAAAGGGUCUUGUCUUGGUUUGAUUAUCCUCGUGUUGUAAUUGUGGGCUGUGGGUUGCGUGGGCGUGCGAAGAUGGCGGUAUGGAAGAGGUUAUAGACGGCAUGGGCCGCUCCCAAGACAAGGCGGGCCGUUUGACCAUGCCUGUGCCGCUGAAGAAAUUAUUGUUCUGAAAGCUCACUGGAGCUUCAGGAGGUCCCGUGACUUCAAACUCAUGCGAGGUGAAUACUGUCUGGUGACGGUAUAGGUGUGAGGAAGUGGAAUAGAAACGCUCAUAUCUUACCUGUCAAUAGGGCCAUCAUGGCCAGCGAUUCGUCCAGGUCCGUUGACCGCGCCGUAUUGUAAAAGUGAUAGAAAUCCAUCCAGCCAAGGCAUGCGCAAGCUGAGCUCAAACAGAUUUCCAAGACAUGUCCAUACUCGACACGAUAGGAUCGGCGCCUUAACGGGGUCGGAUGACCUCGGCGGAGACUUGUCGUGAUCCAGCAAAGCUUCUUUCUCGUCCAAGGGCGUGGCCCUAGCGGGAAGAGACGAUGCCAUCACCAGAGCAGUCGUGAUAAACCGGAGCGAGGCAACUACCAGCAUCCCAAGCUGAAUAACGGCAAGGAACAUAGACCUUACAGACCAGCUGCGACGGCCUUUUACGUCAAUCUUGGGCCCACCGGAAUCGUUUUGGGUCUCUGCAACCACUACCCCUUGGUCAUUUCCCUGUCGCAAAACCCUGGCCGUGAUGCAGAUGCCCUCAUACAGCAUCCAUGGCUGAGAGGCCUUAUUGGCUAUAACGUUACCAAUGAUAAGCUCCGAAAAGAUCUGUUCAACGAGAGACGUGAGACAAGGGUUCUCGAGGUCUUCUGUGGGCAAUAGGAUCGCGAGGACGCCCUGAACCAGCAACUGGCGAUACAAUGCUUCAUUCUCUUUCUGGUCGGAUAUCGUGUCUGGGCAGUCUGGGUGGGGGACUGGUGCAAGGUGUGGCAGAGGGCACAUGGCGUGGUAGGCCUCUCGAGGGUCGACCUCAACAGGCUGUCUGGCGAUAGGGCUAUGAGAGAUCCGGUAGGCUAGUCACCGUUAGAUAGGAACGGCAUCGCAGAGUUCAAGUCCUC